CAGGCACUGGGGCAAGAUGGCAGCAGAGCAGGAUCCCGAGGGGCGCGCGGCGGCGCGGCCGCUGCUCACCGACCUCUACCAGGCCACCAUGGCGCUGGGCUACUGGCGCGCGGGCCGGGCGCAGGACCUCGCCGAGUUCGAGCUCUUUUUUCGCCACUGUCCAUUCGGCGGCGCCUUCGCCCUGGCCGCGGGGCUGCGCGACUGCGUGCGCUUCUUGCGCACCUUUCGCCUGUGCGACGCAGACGUGCAGUUCCUGGCCUCGAUGUUGCCUCCAGACACUGACCCCGCGUUCUUCGAGCACCUCCGGGCCCUUGACUGCUCCGGGGUGACGGUGCGGGCCCUGCCCGAGGGCUCCCUCGCCUUCCCCGGCGUGCCGCUGCUGCAGGUGUCGGGGCCGCUCCUGGUGGUGCAGCUGCUCGAGACUCCCCUCCUCUGCCUGGUCAGCUACGCCAGCCUCAUCGCUACGAACGCGGCGCGGCUUCGCCUGAUCGCGGGGCCAGAGAAGCGGCUGCUGGAGAUGGGGCUGCGGCGUGCUCAGGGCCCUGACGGGGGCCUCACAGCCUCCACCUACAGCUACCUGGGGGGCUUCGAUGCCAGCAGCAAUGUGCUGGCAGGACAGCUGAGGGGCGUGCCCGUGGCGGGAACCCUGGCGCAUUCCUUCGUCACUUCCUUUUCAGGCACUGAGGUGCCCCCUGACCCGAUGUUGGCUCCAGCGGCUGGCCGGGGCCCCAGCGUGGAUCUGGCCACCCUUGUGGAGGCGUGGCUGGAGCGUGUGUGCGCCCACCUGGGGCUGGGAGUGCAGGAGCCACACCGGGGGGAGCGGGCGGCCUUUGUGGCCUAUGCCCUGGCCUUUCCCCGGGCCUUCCAGGGCCUGCUGGACACCUACAGUGUGAGGAGAAGCGGUCUCCCCAACUUCCUGGCCGUAGCCCUGGCCCUGGGCGAGCUGGGUUACCAGGCUGUGGGAGUGAGGCUGGACAGCGGCGACCUGCUUCGGCAAGCCCAGGAGAUCCGAGGGCUCUUCCAGGCCACAGCUGCCCAGUUCCAGGUGCCCUGGCUGGAGUCCGUCCCCAUCGCUGUCAGCAACAACAUCGACGAGGCAGAGCUGGCCCGGCUGGGCCGGGAGGGCAGCGAAGUGAAUGUCAUUGGCAUUGGCACCAGCGCGGUCACCUGCCCCCGCCAGCCUUCUCUGGGCUGCGUCUACAAGCUGGUGUCCGUGGGAGGCCAGCCGCGAAUGAAGCUGACCGAGGACCCCGAGAAGCAGACGUUGCCUGGGAGCAAGGCCGCCUUCCGGCUCCUGGGCUCCAACGGGGCUCUGCUAUUGGAUGUGCUGCAGCUGGCAGAGGAGCCCCCGCCCCAGGCUGGCCAGGAGCUGAAGGUCUGGCCUCGAGGGGCCCAAGCACCCUGCACCGUGCGGCCGGCCCGGGUGGAGCCACUCCUGCGGCUCUGGUUCCAACAGGGACAGCUGUGUGAGCCCCUCCCGUCUCUGGCAGAGUCCAGGGCCUUCGCCCAGCUGUCCCUGAGCCGCCUCAGCCCCGAGCACAAGCGGCUCACGCAGCCUGCGCCGUACCAGGUGGCGCUGUCUGAGAGGCUGCAGGCCCUGGUGCGCAAACUGAGCGACGGGGUCCCAUGUGAGCGCGCGGCAGGGCCGUGAACUUAACACGAGUCACACUGUCC